AUGGCUAAGCCAUUUGAAUUUCAAUGGCGCAUCCCUGUGCCAGAAUUCCUCCUCAAGGGGGCAAUGUUUGAUCGAUGGGAUGAGGAAAGCAACACUGUUGAGCCAAAUUGUUUGGUGCAAGUUGAUGAGUAUGGUUUCUUCAUUUACUGGAAAAGUGAAGGCAAGGAGGGACAGAUUUUAGAGUGUUCACAAGUGAAUGAUGUCCGUCUUGGAACAGCACCAAAGAUAAACUCUAUCUUUAUUUUUUUGCUCUUUUUUUAUGAGUCUUCUUUUUUCUCUUCAUUGCUGACCUUUAUCAGUUCUCUCUUUUCUCCCUGUAUAUCAUUCAUUUUCUAUAUUAAAUUUGUCUCCCCUACACUUUCUCUUUGCCUUUUCUGUUUCCUUUGCUCUGAGAAGUUCCUCUUUUUUUACCACAUUUUCUUUUUCCAGCCAGUGAGCUUCUUGCUCUCUUGUUUCUUUAUUGGUCUUCUAUUUUCUUCUCUCCAUUUCUAUUUCCAUGCCAUCAAUUUUUUCUCUCACAUCCUAGUCUUUUCCAUUUCUCUAUUCAGGUCAUUUCCCUUUUUUAAUCUUUCUUUUCCUUCACCCUUUUUUCCACUACUAACUCCUUUUUUAAUUUUUUUUUCCUCCCUGUCUUCUACUCUCUGUCUGUCCUCCCUGUCUUCUACUCUCUGUCUGUCCUCCCUGUCUUCUACUCUGUCUGUCUGUCUUUUCUGUCUGUCCUCCCUGUCUCCUCUGUCUGUCCUCCCUGUCUUCUACUCUCUGUCUGUCCUCCCUGUCUUCUACUCUCUGUCUGUCCUCCUGUCUUCUGUCCUCUGUCUGUCCUCUCCUGUCUUCUACUCUGUCUCUGUCUGUCUGUCCUCCCUGUCUUCUACUCUCUGUCUGUCCUCCCUGUCUGUCUCUGUCUCCUCUGUCUGUCCUCUGUCUGUCCUCCCUGUCUUCUACUCUCUGUCUGUCCUCCCUGUCUUCUACUCUCUGUCUGUCCUCCCUGUCUUCUACUCUGUCUGUCCUCCCUGUCUUCUACUCUCUGUCUGUCCUCCCUGUCUUCUGUCUGUCCUCUGUCUGUCCUCCCCCUGUCUUCUACUCUCUGUCUGUCCUCCCUGUCUUCUACUCUCUGUCUGUCCUCCCUGUCUUCUACUCUCUGUCUGUCCUCCCUGUCUUCUACUCUCUGUCUGUCCUCCCUGUCUUCUACUCUCUGUCUGUCCUCCCUGUCUUCUACUCUCUGUCUGUCCCUGUCCCCUGUCUGUCCUCCCUGUAUUUCUGUCUGUCCUCCCUGUCUUUCUCUUGUCUGUUCCCCUGGCUUUGUCUGUCCUCCCUGUCUUCUUCUGUCUGUUCCCUGUCUUAUGUAUUUUCCUUUUCAUCUUUUCUUUCUUCAUCUUUCUCUUUCUUAGGCUUUUCACUCAUCUUCUCUCUUUCCUAGGCUUUUCAUUCAUCUUCUCUCUUUCCUAG